AUGCCUAAUAUUGAAAACUUAGCCCCAAAACCCUUUAUUAAAACCCACGAACCAAGCCUGUUAAGUGUCCGCCGUCAAGAUAUUCUCUACCGGGAAGAUCUGACCACUGGAUUUGUUUUUGUCGUUGUGGGAAUUACUACCUCCUUGGCUGUUGCCGGAACUAUUUACGUAGUUGAACGAGAAGUUGCCACUGAAGUAAAAGUAACUAAUGACCCCGACCCCAUCACUAAAUUUCAACAAAGACAAGCCAAAACUGAACAACUAAACAAUCAUGGAGCCUUAACCGGUUUUUAUGAAGAAAGUUUAAAAGGAACUAUUGAAACUAAAACCGCCGAAUUCAAGCAACUGCUCCAAGCCAAUAUUGCUUAUGUCGAAAAAAAAUCUAAAGACUUAAUCGCCAACUUAAUCGAAAAAGUCUUACCAAUUGAAGCUACUCCGCAAAACUUUGACUGCGAAAAAGAUGCUGACUAUCGCGUUUUAUUAAGAGAUGAUUUACCCCAAAGUUAUGCGGAUAAUGAAGAAUAUCAAACCAAAAUAACCACUGACAACUGA